AUGACGUCAUCCCCGUCGUCACGCUCGCCGCUACCGACGUGUCUCGUCCCUUUCUGCGCCCUCCUGCUCCUCGCGACGCUGCUGUCUCCGUCUUGCGCCACCUCCGCCGCACUUGACGCCGCACGUGGCGUUUCGGGUCGCCGCGUUCUUCAGGAGCCGCCCGCGUCGGAAGAAAUCGUUUCGGCCGAGACAACCGCGCUGCUGGCGCUGAAGCAAGCCCUGGGAGAUCAUCCGGCCUUCUCCCUGGCAGGGAGGUGGUCUGACGCCCCCUCGCCCAAUCGCCAGGGCCAGCUGUCGCAGCCCUGCGCUGACACGUGGCAGUUUGUGACCUGCGACUCCUCAGGCCGCGUUGUUGCCAUUGACAUGAGCAACCCUCUCGUGGCGUCUCUCAACGCGUCCUGGGCCAGAGGAGCCACUCCAGCGGCUGUAGCGCAGCAGCUAACAGCCCGGGGAGCAAGCCAGCAGGCUGUAGCUGCGGCUGUAGCGGCGGGGGUGGUGGGGCCGCUGAGGGGGGAGAUCCCGUGGGGAAGAAUGACGGCGCUGCAGCGGCUGGAGCGGGUGGACUUGAGUGGCAAUGAGGUGGCUGGUGCUGCUGUCUCCCCUGAGACGGCGCUACUUCCCAACCUCAAGCACCUCAACCUCACGUUCAACCGCAUCGACUCGCUGCCUGAAGCCGUCACAGCCAUGACCGCCCUUGAGACCCUGCACCUAGACAUGAAUCGCAUCACUGGAUCGCUCCCCUCGGGCCUCUCUGCCCUCUCUCGCCUCUCUUCACUCGUUCUCGGGCAGAACCAAAUUCUUGGCCAGCUGCCCGAAGAACUUGGCGCGCUCACCGGCCUUGUGACACUCGACCUGGGUGACAACCAUUUUCAGGGCCAGCCUCCUGAAGCCUGGAGUCAGCUCACCAAACUGCAAGUGCUCUCCCUCUACCGUCUGCCUGUGACGGCCGCCUUCCCUCCCUCGUGGGCAGCCCUCUCGUCACUUUCCUUCUUUUCCUUCUCCUCCGCUGCUGCCUCGGGGCCCUUCCCCGCCUUCCUCACUCAACUCCCAAAUAUCCAGCAUAUCUAUCUGCAUUCCAACCGCCUCUCCGGUCCGUUGCCUGCAGACCUCUGGCGCUUCCCCUCCCUCACCGACGUGGACAUCUCCAACAACUUUUUCAACGGCUCCGUGCCGCUGCCUCCACCUGAACGCCAGGCUGACUUCAGGUACUUCUUCAACUGCUUCUCCUCUGCGACCUCCCCGUCAGACAUGCCUGCUGCUGCUGACGGCCAGUUGGAUGCUGCCACGUGUGCCCAAUUCUACUCCCCCCCUCCGGAGAUUGCUGCUGCUGCUGCUGCUGCUGCUGCUGGUGCGGGCAAAUGGCACUGCCCAUUCUGUGACCCCUCCCCUCCCUCCCCUCCCCCCCCUCCCCUCCCCUCCCUCCCCUCCCCUCCCUCCCCUCCCCUCCCCUCCCUCCCCUCCCCUCCCUCCCCUCCUCUCCCCUCCCCUCCCCUCCCCUCCCCUCCCCUCCCUCCCCCACACAGCCACCAAGCAGCCCUCCUCUUCCGACACCACGUGGGGUUCCUCCUUCUGCACCAUCUGCCUGCUCAUCGCCCUCACCAUUCUCCGCACAUCCGUCUCUCAUCUGCCUCCCUGCCCCUCCCCACACAGCCACCCAGCAGCCCCCUCUCUCCGACUCCACGUGGGGUUCCUCCUUUCACCGUCUGUCUGCUCACAGCCCUCACCAUUCUCCUACCAUUCGCCUUCAUUCUUCCAUCUCCCUACCUUUCCCCACGCCCCUCCCCCCCCCACCCCUCCCCUCCCACACAGGCACCCAGCAGCAGCCCCCUCCCUCCAACACCACGUGGGGUUCAUCAUUCUUCACCGUCUGUCCGCUCAUCGCCCUCACCAGCCUCCGCACAUCCGUCUCUCAUCUGCCUCCCUGCCCCUCCCCACACAGCCACCCAGCAGCCCGCUCCCUCCGACACCACGUGGGGUUCCUCCUUCUUUACCGUCUGUCUGCUCAUCGCCCUCACCAUUAUCCUCCUAGCUGUCUCCUUCACCUGCUGCCGCCUAGUGCAGCAGCGCCGGCAGCAGCAGAGCGACUUGCAGCAGCAGCAGCAAGAGCAGAUGCAUGUGGAUGUGGAUUCAGAGGCUGCUGCAGAGGCACACGGCGCCAAUGCGGGACAUGCAGCAGCAGGAGCAGCAGGAGCAGCAGGAGCAGCAGGAGCAGCAGGAGCAGCAGGAGCAGCAGGAGCAGCAGGAGCAGCAGGAGCAGCAGGAGCAGCAGGAGCAGCAGGAGCAGCAGGAGCAGCAGGAGCAGCAGGAGCAGCAGGAGCAGCAGGAGCAGCAGGAGCAGCAGGAGCAGCAGGAGCAGCAGGAGCAGCAGGAGCAGCAGGAGCAGCAGGAGCAGCAGGAGCAGCAGGAGCAGCAGGAGCAGCAGGAGCAGCAGGAGCAGCAGGAGCAGCAGGAGCAGCAGGAGCAGCAGGAGCAGCAGGAGCAGCAGGAGCAGCAGGAGCAGCAGGAGCAGCAGGAGCAGCAGGAGCAGCAGGAGCAGCAGGAGCAGCAGGAGCAGCAGGAGCAGGAGCAGCAGGAGCAGCAGGAGCAGCAGGAGCAGCAGGAGCAGCAGAAGGCAUUCUGUCGCCCAACAAGGGUUCCAACCAGCCGUUCCUGGCAGGCGUUGCCCUCUCCAGCUCCAGCACUUAG